AGCCGGGGCCUCGGGGGAAGUCUCGCGAGAUCUGCGGGUUGCUAUAUAGGUGCGCAGGGAACCCGCGUCCUUUCCCUGGUGCGAUUCCGUCCUGCGCGGCGCUCCUCCGCUGCAGCGGCCGCGUGUCUCCGCUCGCCUUCUCCGCCGCGCCCGUGCGUGCCCCCACCCCAUGGAAGAUUCGAUGGACAUGGACAUGAGCCCCCUGAGGCCCCAGAACUACCUUUUCGGUUGUGAGCUAAAGGCAGACAAAGAUUAUCAUUUUAAAGUGGAUAAUGAUGAAAAUGAGCACCAGCUGUCUUUGAGAACGGUCAGCUUGGGGGCUGGUGCCAAGGAUGAGCUGCACAUCGUUGAAGCAGAAGCCAUGAAUUAUGAAGGCAGUCCGAUUAAAGUGACGCUGGCAACUUUGAAAAUGUCGGUGCAGCCAACGGUUUCCCUUGGGGGCUUUGAGAUCACCCCACCGGUUGUUCUGCGGUUGAAGUGCGGUUCCGGGCCGGUGCACAUCUCCGGGCAGCACUUGGUCGCCGUAGAGGAAGACGCAGAGUCAGAAGAUGAAGAGGACGACGACGUGAAGCUCCUGAGCAUAUCUGGAAAGCGUUCUGCUCCUGGGGGCGGCAGCAAGGUGCCACAGAAAAAAGUAAAACUUGCUGCAGAUGAGGAUGAAGACGAUGACGAUGAUGACGACGAUGAUGAGGAAGAUGAUGACGACGACGACUUCGAUGAUGAGGAAGCAGAAGAAAAAGCUCCAGUCAAGAAAUCUAUACGAGAUACUCCAACCAAGAACGCACAAAAGUCAAACCAGAAUGGAAAAGACUCAAAACCAUCCACACCACGAUCAAAAGGCCAAGACUCUUUCAAAAAACAGGAGAAAACUCCUAAAACACCAAAAGGGCCCAGUUCUGUAGAAGACAUUAAGGCAAAAAUGCAAGCAAGUAUAGAAAAAGGUGGUUCUCUUCCCAAAGUGGAAGCCAAGUUCAUCAAUUACGUGAAGAAUUGCUUCCGGAUGACCGACCAGGAGGCUAUUCAAGAUCUCUGGCAGUGGAGGAAGUCUCUUUAAGAAAAUAGUUUAAACAGUUUGUUAAAAGAUUUUCCGUCUUAUUUCAUUUCUGUAACAUUGAUAUCUGGCUGUCCUUUUUAUAAUGCAGAGCGAGAACUUUCCCUGCCGUGUCUGAUAAAUGUUGUCCAGGUUCCAUAGCCAAGAAUGUGUUGUCCAAAAUGCCUGUUUAGUUUUUAAGGAUGGAACUCCACCCUUUCACUUGGUUUUAAGUAUGUAUGGAAUGUUAUGAUAGGACAUAGUAGUAGAGGUGGUCAGACAGAUGGGAAUGGUGGGGAGACGAAAAUAUACAUGUGAAAUAAACUCAGUAUUUUAAUAAAGUAGCACUGCUUCUCUAUUAUUUCCCGCCAGCCUUCGUCAGAAAAAAGAAAUGCCCCUAGUUCAGUAGUACACGCUCAAGUCUGAUGAUAAAUCAUUUGCCUUAACCCCCCUCCAGAGGGGUUAUCCCCCAGAUGACAUUUGCCACUGAAGGGUUAGUGCUUAGACUUUACAUCUGAUACUUUUUUUCCACCAGUCUCGGACCUUCCCACCUGGCCAGCCUCUUUCCGCUCCCCAAAAAACUGGCAGCCAUCCUCAACCCAGUUCUUAGAACAAACUGAGUUAUUUUCUUUGAUUUCCCCAGAAUAAUAGUGCACAUCAGUGCAGUUUGGAUGUGCGGGAGGGAGUGUUUGCAGGCCUCCCCGAGGACAUCGGGCUAGUCCUGUAGGCCCUGGUGACAGAUGUCUGCCCACUGCCAGGCUCAGUUGGAUCCUGGCUGGGGCAUCUGCAAUACCUGGAUAAGCGAGUAGUUUUCCUGCUAAGAGCAGGGAGGGGAGGUGGCAGGCACUGGCCCCCUUGGCAGUGGUCAGGGCUCAUAAAUAAUCCUGAAUGUUCUCUAGGAUAUUCUUCCUCGGUCCUUUUCCUUUAAACUUGAGGAAAGAGACUGAACUUUUUGUUUUCUUGUGUGCUUGGUUUUUUGGGGUGUAGACAAACCUGAAGAGUCGUUCCCCAUCCAUCACUUUGCGGCUUAGUCUAUCAGCAGCUCACUCCGUGCUGACCAAGCUAGAGGACGUGCCGGAGGCUGCGGGCACUGGCGGGCCCUGCAGGUAAUUUUCCCAGUGAUAGGUGAGGCGAGUGGUCAUUUAGACAUGUUUUGUUUGGGACCACGUGGCAGUGCUCAGGGACCAUGUGGGGUGCUGCAAGGCGAGCACCUUGCUGGCUGUGCUCUCCAGCCCCAUAGACCGUUUCUUGCGCUGGUGUUAAUGCCGAUACCCGCUUUUCCUCUCAGGACAUACCUCCCCUGGAGCAGCUCUGCAUACAUUUUAACAGGUUUUAUAGGAGGGUGUAAGUACAUCGGCUUGAUUGAAAGGGUUGCAUGCACACAAACCAAGUAAGUGCUGUGUGUUUGGAUUUGGGGCCACACUGGGCAGUGCACAGAACUUGCUCCUGGUGGUGCUGGGGAGUGAAUCUGGGUCGGCCACAUGCGAGGCCAGUAACUAUAUACUGUUCUGAGAUCCCUUCUUAUCUCAUAGGGGCCACACCUGCCACUGCCCAGCCGCCUGGUGGGGCUGGGGUUGGCAGGGCCAGCACCCUCCCUACUUGACUAUUGCUCAAACCCCUUCAAUGUGGACAUGAAAAUUCAGGCAGUUGUUGGCUGCCUUUUCUCUCCUGGAUUUUUGGGCCACAGUUUGCUGUUGGCUUUGGUUUUAUGCUCCUGAGGGAGCUCUGCGGGCUAGCUGUGGUGCUGACAAGCAAGGCCAGCGCCUUAACCAAGACUAGCCAUCUAGAAAUUGGUGUCUGCGCACACCUGACAUCAGUGUUCCCCAGGUUCAGAGCAUUGCCUUCCUGGGACAGUUAGGAGUAUGUGCGCAUGUGUGUUUACCCCAAACAUCGAUGCUGGGGGUGGCCCUCCCAGGCCCUGAGGUUGGCUCUUUAGUAUUGGGGUUCAUUAAACUUCACUGUUAAGCAAUUGAUUGGCUCUUUUUGUCUUGCUACUGACCCUCUGACAGCUAAUCGGAUUCAAUAACUGUUUCUGCUCAGUGUUGAGAUUGAGGGUGGAGCUCUCGCUUGCUGUGCUGUCCUGUCCCCCUGGUUAAUGGUGCUAGUUAUUAGAUAAUAACCAAGUUUGGUGGUGAUCUGAACAUUUACUCCUGGGCUUGUAAAUAAGGGGAUCAAGUGGGGGUUGCCAUUUAUUUUGAAUGAUUGAGGUACCUGUUGUAGAACACAAAUGUUUGUUCCUGCCCCCUGCCAUCCUAAAGCUCUUACUAAUUUUCAAAAGAACAAGAAUAAAAGACAAUUGCUUUUCCUUUG